UUUUGGGGUGCUCCCCAGGCAGGGAACAUCUACCUGGCCGAUUACGGGGUGCUGCAGGGGCUCCCCACCGCCGUCAUCGACGGGCGCCCCACCUUCGUGGCCGCCCCGCUGUGCCUGCUGCACCAGCGCCCCGACGGCGACCUGCUGCCCCUCGCCAUCCAGGUGGGACCCAAAAACCCCAAAACUCACCCCAAAGCAGUGGCGCUGGGCCGGCGCGGGCUGCUGGCUGUCAUGGGGCGGGAUUUGGGUGUAAAUUUGGGGAUUUUGGGUGUAUUUGGGUGGGAAUUUCGGGAGCGGGGGUGUCCCCUCUCUGUCCCCUCUCUGUCCCCAAUGUCCCCUCGCUGUCCGCAGGCGGUGGCGCUGGGCCGGCGCGGGCUGCUGGCGCUGGUGGCGCGGGGGCUGCGGGCGCUGCGCUGGCGCUCGCUGGUGCUGCCGCGGGACCUGCGGCACCGCGGGGUGGCGGCCACCGAGCGCCACCACUUCGGCCGCGACGCCACCGAGGUGUGGCGGGCCAUCCGCAGGUUUGUCACCUCGCUGCUGUCCCUCUAUUACCCGUCCGACGGCUCCGUCCAGCAGGACCCGGAGCUCCAGGCCUGGGUGGGAGAAAUCUUCAGGAGAGGAUUCCUGGCCCGGCGGCGCUCAGGCGUGCCGUCCCGGCUGGAGUCGCGCCGUGGCCUCGUCACCUUCGUCACCGUCCUCAUCUUCAGCUGCUCGGCGCUGCACGCGGCCACCAACAGCGGGCAGUUUGAGCUCUCGGCCUUCCCCCCGAACGCGCCGGCCGCCAUGCGGGAGCCGCCGCCGCGCUCCAAGGCCGCGCUGUCGGAGCAGGAAUUCCUGGCGGCGCUGCCGGCCAUGAACACCACGGCCACGGUGCUGGCCGUGCUCUGGGUGCUGAGGAACGAGCCCAUGGACAUGCGCCCCCUGGGUCACUACCCCGACCGUCACUUCACCGAGAGCGCCCCCCGGCGCCUGAUCCGGCGCUUCCGGCGCCGCCUGCGCCGAAUCUCCCGCCGGAUCCGGGCCCGGAACGCGGCGCUGGAGCGGCCCUACCCCUACCUGGACCCCGAGAACAUCGAGAACAGCGUGGCCAUCUGAGGGGCCCCAAAAUAUC